UAGUUAUUUGGAUUAUUUAGUCCAAAUUCUCGUGCCAUUUACUAUUAGCAGAGAAACUAUAUUUAGGUUUUUUUUUUACUUGAUUGGAUUAAUUGUAUGGUUGAUCACGUGGCUGUAAAAGUGUAAGACAUGUUAAAUACAGGCACGACAGUCAAAUUAUUUUGGAGGAGAUCGCAAGUUCACUUUUUAACAUUGGGGGGAGACCAUCGUGGAGACGCAAUAGACUUUAUAUUCAACAGCUAACGUUAAGCCUUUUCCUCUUAACCAAAUGAUUCGUUUCGGCUUUUCUACCCACACUGUAACCUAGACUUUUAGGUUCGCAAGCUAACGUUAGCUUAAUUAGCUAGCUAGUUACCAAACGGAACACUGGGUACAUCACUUUCAAAGUUCAUUUAGUUGUAACUGUUAGUCUACAUUUACUUAGUAGCUACCCUUUUUUUCAGAUACGUUUACUACUAGCUAGCUAAUGUUGUACUGAAAGCGCUCAGCGACCAUUGCACUGUUCUGUAUUCAUUCUGAAGCCGGGCAGCGUCGGACCAAAGAUGUUGAAAGAUUGUUGCUCUCUGGUUUCCUGGUUUGAUUUCCACCAUUUGAUGGACUCCCAGCCAAUCGGAUUAUUCGGUCUUUGGCGAGUAGAAAAUUAUGUCAUUGACAAGAUCUUAACCCUUUAGCAACGCUGUAGAUAUACAUCGCCUAUCGUUUUCGGAGUCUAUACGUAAAUUUGAGAGGGACAAUUUAACACUGUCUCGACAUUGACGGGGGCCCCCUAACAUAAGUUUACGCCAAAGCGAUCUGAUUUGAGCAUGGCCUCAGUGCAACAGACACCAGGGCUGCAGACACAACAAGAUACAGGCACAAAAGUCACUCCCACUCUUAGUUUCAGUUUGGCACAGUUUCAGCGAAAUUGACUGUCUGUGCGAGCCGUAAAAUAGCAGAGGCCAUUUUCUAGGUGUGCUCUGAACUAGGGAAUAGCUCUUGCUCUUCUCGCGCAGAUUCAGAAAAACGACACAACAUUCUGAACUAAAACGAAUCUGUUAAUUUCAGCAGUGAAAUGGCUCAGGCUGCCUGUCUUCUGGAUCAGGACCAAUUCAGCUGCACAAUCUGUCUGGAUCUACUGAAGGAUCCAGUGACUAUUCCCUGUGGACACAGUUACUGUAUGGGCUGUAUUAAGGGCUGCUGGGAUCAGGAUGAUCAUACUGGUGUCUACAGCUGUCCCCAGUGCAGAGAGACCUUCACCCCAAGGCCUGUUUUAAGAAAAACCACCAUGCUGGCUGAAGUGGUGGAGCAACUGAAGAAGACAGGACUCCAAGCUGCUCCUCCUGGAGACGUGGUGUGUGAUGUCUGCACUGGGAGAAAGCGCAAAGCCAUCAAGUCCUGCCUGGUGUGUCUGGCCUCUUACUGUAAAACUCACCUCAAACUGCACAAUGAACUCAACCCAGGAAACACACAUAAUGUCAUCAAUGCUACUGGACGCCUGCAGGAAAAUAUGUGCCCUCAACAUAAAAAACUGCUGGAGAUUUACUGUCGUACCGAUCAGCAGUGUAUCUGUCUGCUGUGUGUGAUGGAUGAACACAGAGGCCAUGAUACAGUCUCAGCUGCAGCAGAAUGGACUGAGAGACAGAAGCAGCUGGGGGCGACACAGAGUAAAUUCCAGCAGAGAAUCCAGGAGAGAGAGAAGGAGCUGCAGGAUCUGAGACAGGCUGUGCAGUCACUCAAGAGCUCUGCACAGGCAGCAGUGGAGGACAGUGAGAGGAUCUUUACUGAGAUGAUCCGGUCCAUUGAGAGAAGGCGCUCUGAGGUGAAAGAGCUGAUCAGAGAUCAGGAGAAGGCUGAAGUGAGUCGGGCUGAAGCAUUCCUGGAGCGACUGGAGCAGGAGAUUGCUGAGCUGAGGAGGAGAGACGCUGAGCUGGAGCAGCUUUCACACACAGAAGAUCGCAUCCAAUUCCUCCAGAGCUCUAAGUCUCUCUGUGUCCCUCCUGGACCUGGAGACUUACCCAGCAUCACUGUCAGUCCACACGUCUCUUUUGAGGCUGUGAGGAAAUGUGUCUCUGAGCUGGAAGAGCGACUGGAGGACGUCUGCAAGGGGGAAAUGUCUAAGAUCUCCAGGGCAGGCAGAGCAGUGGCUGUUCAUGGCUGCUUUACUGAAGGUGGGGAGCCCUCAGAAGCCAGAGCCACAGCAGCUGAAGGGGAGACCUGUCCCCUCUGCAUGAAGCCCAUGGAGGAGAAGCAGAGGCUGAGGUGUACUCAUGCCUUCUGUGCAGCCUGUCUGAGGAGCUCUGUAAGCCGAGUGGGCUAUCAGUGUCCAAUGUGUCUACAAGCAGUCGCAGUGCUGGGAGACCAGCCAGAGGGACAGAUGGAAGUGAAACGUCUGAAAGACAUUCAAGGACAAGAAUGUAUACUGAUUACGUACAACAUUCCCAGUGGAAUACAGACGGAGGCCCAUCCCAACCCAGGGAAGCCCUUUACUGGAGUCCAAGCAGAGUCCUGGUUACCCAAUGAGCAACAGUUCUACUCAUCAGGCUCCCAAGUCUGCCUGAAGGGCCAUGAGGUGCUGAAGCUGCUGGAAAGAGCCUUUGAGCAGAAGCUGAUUUUUACUGUGGCUGCAGCCCAUGGAGCUGCAAGCAGAGUCGUCUUCACUGACAUCCCCCAUGCAAGAAACUUUUAUGAGUGCAGUGGGAAUUACUUCUUGCAUAAAGUGACAGAGGCACUCAAAGGCAAAUUCAUCAAAUGAUUCGGAAGAACAUAAACAUCAGAUCCACCCUCUCGGUACAGCGCCACCAAAUGGGCAAGAAGAGACACAUCAACACUCGGAAAAUCAGUCCAUUCCAAUCGCUUCAUUUACCCGUCCUUGUCUUCUCAGUCCUGGAAGCGAUCGUGGUGCUCCAUCUUUGAGGACAGCCCAGCCCAUUGAAGCUCCGUGCAGAAGGUCCUCGUGAGGAGCGUGAGCGUGUCCUUGGCGGAAGUAUGAAUUUGGAACGUGUGACAAUCGACCCCACCUGCCACAUCUGUGAUUCGCACGGGGCUUCAGACUGACGCUUGGCCGAAAAAAAGGACGUCCCAUUUGCCGAACACAAGUUUCCUCAAUUCCUUUACUCGUCCCCACAUCCUUUACUCGCGCCCUUUCCUUGUGUCCUCCACUGGCCGGCGUUAAGGAGAAAGAGAAGGAUGCAAGGAAAGGACGCAAGGGGAUAGAAUAAGCGAUUGGAAUGUGGUAAGCCAGUGUGUUGACCUUUGCCCUCUCUGUGAGCUCCGAGGCAGAAUUUUAUCUGAGGAUAAUAGCAGGCCACUGCUUUAGAAACACAUGCCUGUAUGAGAUAAAUCUACUCAAGCCUGAUGGUUCUGAUUUUGCGGACUCCGUGUUAGACUCUUAUUAAGCCGUGCACUCAUCUGUUCCUCUGUUUACAGUAACAAUAUUGGUCCUCCUUCAUUAAUGAUGUCAUACACAGUCACAGACACACACACACACACACCUGCCACGAGGUUAUCCACAACUUGGCCACUGCAACAGAUGCCAACAAAAGACCUGUUGGCCUUCGUCAUGUGUUUGAACAUUGCUAAUAAUAUAACAUCACAUAAUGCUGGUACCUUUUUUGUAGUGUCUUAUGGGGUUAGGGACCUUUUGGUAGCGUUUUACGGGGUUAGGUACAUUUUGGUAGUGUUUUACGGGGUUAGAUACCUUUUUGGUAGUGUCUUAUGGGGUUAGCCACCUUGGCUUCUUCCACCUGGGUUCUAUGGAACAGGGGUAUGUGUCUGGUAGUUCUGUUGGGAUGGGAUUGCGUUUAUUACAGAUUUGUACAUAAGUAGUUUUCCCUAUUUGACAAGCCAUUGGGCAGAUUAUGUUUUGAUUCUCAAGAAUCUAUUUGGAUUUCUGUUAGUGCAAUUGUAGAACAACAUGUUCUGUUUAACCCCAAACAUGAAUUAUGUGAUGAUUUUUGAAAAUAUAUGAAAUAUAUACUCGCCUAUAUAUAGCCCUUAUGAAAUAUGAAACGUGAAAUAUUUCAAUAGCUGUUGUAAUAAUACUGCUUUAUGAACAUUUACUUGUUUCCUUACUGUUUUUGAAAUGUCCAUUUAUAGCAAUGGAGAGGGUUAAGACUUCAACAGAAGAAAGAAAAAAUAUAUAUGUGAGGGGAAAAUAGUACUUCUCAGUCAUUAUUACAAUCUAAAUCAUUAUUAAUUAUUACAUUACAUUAUUACAUGCGUUUACACAUACAGCAUUGGGGUCUAACAAUGAGUAAAUGUGAUAUCUGCAAAACAAGAGGUUUCAUAACAACCAUGUAUGAACAUGGCUUCUCUGUGUGAAAACACUUCCUGACUAAUCACAGUAAUGAGGUUAUAUUUCUCCUGAAGCUGACGAUAGUCUUGGAGAAGCACACAGAACACAUUGUCAUAUGGGAGUAUCAGGAUGUAUUCAUGUCAUUUCUUCUGAUUGCUUGUUCUGUUCCAAACCCUUCACUCAGAGCUGUAUGUGAACAAUGUGCUUCCAAACACACAGGUUUCAUUCCUUAUUUUUGUAAAUUGCAUUAAAUUGAAGAAUAUAAAUCUGAAUAUAAUAUGAUUAACUCCUUAAACUUUUCCUCCCUGAUCUAUACGUUUUGUAGUGAAAUUGAGCAAAAAUAAAAGAAUUAAAGGAA